UAUCUUAUUAGGUUCAACAAUUUAAUAAUUAUAUUGUAUUUAUGUUUAUAUUUUUAAUCGGAUUGUUAUUUAUGUGGUGUAUGGAUUGAACUAACUAAUCCAAUGACGGAGGUUUGACACGACCAUCAACACGAAUUGUGACCCCUUCCUACAUGGCGACCGGAUCCCUCAGAAACGGGUGGGAGAUUUAAGUUCUAUUGUUUAUAAAUUAUAAUGAUCGUAAAGGAAGGAAUUGGGAAUCUAUAUAAGAUGAGUUGACAGCAAGCCUGGGAGGAAGCGGAUACCCAAAAAUAGUCAUCAUGGCAGCAGCAGCAGCUGGGCGGUUCAUGGAUCUAGAUUUAAGGAAGGGCCACCUCGGAAGCUCACCGCACCCUACCAGCCACUCGCUUCAUGUUGUGAAACGGGCGCAGAGGUAUGAGUCGUGUUCACUGUCGAUGAAUGGUUGCCAAGGAGACCCCAAAAUUCCCAUUGGAACCAUCCAGACUCGGACAUUUCCAGGCGUUUCAACGCACUCACUCGCCCUCGACACCCUCAGCUCCGCCAUCUCCCACUUGAAAUCCGACCCACCUCCCUUCACCUCCGGGAUUCUACGUCUCCAGGUCCCAAUUCAACAGAAAAUUGAAGCAAUUGAUUGGCUCCACGCUCAACAAGAGCUUCUUCCCCGCUGUUUCUUCUCCAGUAGAAGCCAAAGUAGCAGUUUUGAUCCAUUCAUAGACUCCGUCAACGGAGAUGGCAACGGUUUAGAGGACCACGAUUUGGUUAGUGUCGCCGGCAUCGGCGCUGCAGUGUUCUUCCGACAUAUUCAUCCAUUCUCAUUGGACGAUUGGAAGUCCAUAAAGAGGUUUCUUUCCAAGAAAUGCCCUUUAAUUCGUGCAUACGGGGCUAUUCGGUUUGAUCCAAGAGCUAAUGUAUCAUCAGAAUGGAGGGCUUUUGGUUCAUUCUACUUUGUGGUUCCUCAGGUGGAGUUUAAUGAGCUUGAAGGAAGUUCAGUUCUUGCUACAACUAUUGCAUGGGAUAAUGCCCUUUCAUGGACAUGGGAAAAGGCAAUUGGAGGACUUCAAGCUACAAUGUGCCAGGUUUCUUCUAUUGUUGGGAAGUUGAGGAAAGAAGUUUGUAAAACAUUUGUCCUCAGCAAUAGUCAUGUUCCUAGUAAGGCAUCUUGGAAUCUUGCUGUUAAUAGAGCUUUGCAGAUAAUUGGCAGAGCUGACUCACCCCUCAUUAAGGUGGUACUUGCACGUAGCAGCAGGGUUGUGACUACUUCUCAUAUUGACCCUAUAGCAUGGUUGGCUUGUUUACAGGCUGAGGGACAAAAUGCUUACCAGUUCUUUCUUCAGCCACCUGAUGCACCAGCAUUUAUUGGGAACACUCCAGAGCAACUAUUUCACCGAAAACGGCUUUGCAUCCACAGUGAGGCUUUGGCUGGAACCCGUGCUAGAGGUGGAUCAAAGGCUCAGGAUCUUCAAAUAGAACUUGAUUUACUUUCAAGCCCCAAGGAAGACUUUGAGUUUUCUAUUGUACGAGAGAGCAUACAAAGAAAGCUGGAGGCCAUAUGCAGCAUGGUGUGGGUUGAACCAAAGAAAGCAAUUCGAAAACUCCCCAGAAUUCAACAUCUAUAUGCCCAAUUGUCAGGACGAUUGAGAAGUGAAGAUGAUGAGUUUGACAUCUUGUCUUCUCUUCACCCAACUCCAGCAGUUUGUGGGUUUCCUAGAGAAGAAGCACGGCUUUUAAUCGCUGAAACUGAAAUGUUUGACCGAGGAAUGUUUGCCGGUCCAGUUGGAUGGUUUGGUGGAGGAGAGACCGAGUUUGCAGUUGGGAUCAGGUCAGCCUUAGUGGAGAAGGGUUUUGGUGGAUUAAUCUAUGCUGGAACUGGGAUAGUUAGAGGAAGCAAUUCAUCUUUAGAGUGGGAGGAGCUGGAGCUCAAGAUAUCUCAGUUCACCAAACCAAUAAAAGUUGAGGUGCCUCUCUCCUGAUACAAGGACGUGAUAACACAGGCAGAAUCAACUAAAAGUUUGUGGGGUGGCAGAUAUCCUGAAGAGAUGACAUUGGGAUUUUAUCGAAGGGAAGAUCAUUUCAGCCAAUUGUUUCAUAUCUCAUGUUCUGGUUGCCCGGUUUCAAUUUGAACUGUUCUUAUGUGAAGAAAGAGUUUCAAGACAGUCUGUUUGUAGCUUUGGAUGGAGUUAUUAAACUGCCAGUUUUUUGUCUUUGGCUGGUUUCCACUGUCUCCAUUCAUGAUAAAUGGCCUGGAUAUAAGUACAUUCUCUUGUAACUUGUUUCAUAGAAAGCCCAACUUGGGAUAUUUGGUAAUUUGAUUGAACAUUUAUUGGAGUUAAUGAAAUAAUUUGUGCAUUACUUUCUAAUGUGAAACUUGUAUUUUUGCACCAUAUUAUAUUAUCAUGAGCAGUAUGAGUGUUUCUUCCAUUUCAUACUCAUUCUUGCAACUGAAAAUGACUGGUUUUGGUGUGAGGAUCCAGGAAUCUAAAAAGAGGGCCAUUGUUGGAUUGACAUUACUCAAUUAAUCGAUCUGAGUAUUUGCCCUAGUAUUAACUUGCAGAAGUCAGAUGUCACCACCUAGCAAAGCAGGGGCUAUCUGGCGAGAUGAAUUUGUUUGGGACUAUUUCUUGUACUGCCAGGGAGUUGGAUGAAAAUCAAUUUUCUGUAUUUAAUACACACCACUUUGCUCAACUUGUUAUAUCAUCCUUGGUAUUUCCUCAGAACAGGUCUUCCUUUGUAUCAUUCUAGACUCUCAAUUGGCAAUAUAAAUCUGAUUGUUGACUGAUCCUAUGUGCUUUACUGAUGUUGUCCAUGAGAUAUUUGAUCCCUCAACAUUAUUCUUCAAUUAUUCUAUAUUCACAAAUGGAAUGAAAAUACAGUAUAUCAAUUUACAGGUAGUAUAUAUCAACAGGGAAAGUUGAACAAAUGAUCAACUGAUUCAUAUGUACCUUUCUGGAAACUGCUAUGCUUCUUCCUGGUGUCAUCCUUAUGCCAGUCUUUUUCCCUCAUCUCUCUCACUCAAAAACAAAAGAAAAGCAGCAGCAGCGACUAUACAUUGUUUUUUGCUCUGCAUUUUCUACUCUAGUUUCUCUUUAUGGGUAUAUAUACUAACAUGGCAUCCCUUCGCUGCAGCUAAGAGCACCCGAAAAGCGUGUUAGCCUGGUGACAAAUUCCCCAGGUUUUGCCCUGAUCACAUAUUUGUUUGAGAAAUCAAAAUUAGGGUCUCCAGAUUCAACGAAGAAGGCCCCAUUCAUCAUCAGAUCCCCCUGUGAUCUCCACGUCCAACUCUUCCACACACUCUCAGGAGGAGCGAUGAAUCGGUUACCCUGGCUGAGUAUGGUAGGAUGUUGGCUACCCCCUAUGGCGUACAUCAGCCAAUGUGUGUAGUCAUUGUUGACAACAUGGAAGAAUCCCCACCGGCAUCUUGGCAUCCUUUGUGUCAACCCCUGGCCGAAGUGGUUGAAAGUAAUUGUUAUUUGCAUGAUUGCAUCACCGGAGUAACCGUCGCUUGCACCAAACAACAUGACCUGUACAAUCAACAUUUGGAGAUGGUAAUAGCAGUUGAUGCCAUGAUGGCAUCUAUUAGUCCAUCAGCACAAUUCGACAUGGAAAUAUGAUCAAUCCAAAUAUUUGUGGCCCCGAAAAUCGAUAUACCAUCCCCAUCGCUUCUUGUGCGGAAGCCAUAGUGGCUGGCCGAGUCCCGGAUCAGGCCACCAUUGCCGACCUUAAUAUCAUGAAUGUGGAGGCCAUGGAUGAUGAUAUUAUGCACAAACUGCAGAGUCAAGCCAGCACCAUUGGCAAUGUGCACAUUGGCUCCACGGGCAUCAAUGGUUUUAUUACUGGUCAUGAUCAGCUCCUCAUUUAGCCUGAUUGCCAUGCUAUGGGCAAAUAUGAUCCAAAGUGGCUCCUCCUGGAUCACGGCAUGACGUAAAGUCCCGGGCUUGGGGUUCACCAUGUCAUUGUCAGACGGAUCCGUCACCACAUAAAUUUUGCCACCUUUGCCUCCAGUUGUCUGCUGCCCAAACCCAAGCACACAAUCAGCUAGUUUCAUGCGGUUGCUAGCCCAGUCACUUCGGCAUCUCCAGCACCUGUCGAUUGGGUUUGUAGCCAUGCAUGGUCCUGAAAAUUUACUCAAAUUCCUCCUUGUGUGGUUUGUGCUAUCAAAGCUCCUGUCCCAUAAAAUGUUACGUUUUUAUACCAAGUCACAGCCCCAUUGUGAUCAAAUAUUGGUUAAUAAUGCUCAAAACCUGAAAUAUGCAUGAUGUAAUUGAGUUAAUGCUUUAGCAAAUGGACUUACUUGUGGACCUUCUUGUUGAAAUUAUCUGUCACUUUC